GGGCUCUGCAUGCGCGAGUCUAGGUUGUCCGAGUCUACACCCUGGCCCGGCCCCCGCUUCGGUGGCGGAACCUUUGUGCGCGAGGCGAGGGCGGCGGCGGGACACGUAGGAGCAUUGGCUUCCGGUUUCUGGGGGUCAGCUUCCGGCCUCGUCUCUAUCCCGUUCGCCGCCAUGGAGACGAUCCUAGAGCAGCAGCGGCGCUACCACGAAGAGCGGGAGCGACUGAUGGACGUGAUGGUCAAGGAGAUGCUCACGAGGAAGUCCACGCUGCGGGACCAGAUCAACUCGGACCACCGGACGCGGGCCAUGCAGGACAGGUACAUGGAAGUGAGCGGCAAUUUGCGGGACCUGUAUGACGACAAGGACGGGUUGCGGAAGGAGGAGCUCAACGCCAUCUCGGGGCCCAAUGAAUUUGCUGAAUUCUACAACCGCCUAAAGCAGAUCAAAGAGUUCCAUCGGAAGCACCCAGAUGAGGUCUGUGUGCCAAUGUCCAUGGAGUUUGAGGAGCUUCUGAAGGCCCGAGAGAACCCCAGUGAAGAGGCUCAGAACCUGGUGGAGUUCACUGAUGAAGAAGGAUAUGGCCGCUACUUGGACUUACAUGACUGUUAUCUCAAGUACAUUAACCUCAAGUCCUCAGAGAAACUAGACUAUAUUACGUAUCUGUCCACUUUUGACCAGCUCUUUGACAUUCCUAAGGAAAGGAAAAAUGCUGAGUACAGGAGGUACCUGGAGAUGCUGCUGGAAUAUCUUCAAGACUACACAGACCGGGUGAAGCCACUGCUAGACCAGAACGAGCUGUUUGGCAAAAUCCAGGCAGAGUUUGAGAAGAAGUGGGAGAACGGUACUUUCCCUGGCUGGCCGAAAGAGACGAGCAGCGCCCUCACCCAUGCUGGUGCCCAUUUGGACCUCUCGGCGUUCUCUUCCUGGGAGGAACUGGCCUCCCUUGGACUGGACAGGCUGAAAUCUGCACUGCUGGCAUUGGGGCUGAAAUGUGGGGGAACACUUGAGGAGCGCGCUCAGAGGCUGUUCAGCACAAAGGGCAAGUCCCUGGAGGCCCUUGACCCUUCCCUCUUUGCGAAGAACCCAAAGACCAAGGGGAGCAAGCGGGACACGGAGAGGAACAAGGACUUGGCCUUCCUGGAAGCUCAGAUCUACGAGUAUGUGGAAAUCCUUGGGGAGCAGCGGCAGCUGACGCACGAGAACGUGCAGCGCAAGCAGGCGCGGACUGGCGAGGAGCGCGAGGAGGAAGAGGAGGAGCAGAUCAGUGAGAGCGAAAGUGAAGAUGAAGAGAACGAAAUAAUCUACAACCCCAAGAACUUGCCGCUGGGCUGGGACGGCAAGCCGAUCCCCUACUGGCUCUACAAGCUCCACGGCCUGAACAUCAAUUACAACUGCGAGAUCUGUGGCAACUACACUUACCGUGGGCCCAAGGCUUUCCAGCGACACUUUGCGGAGUGGCGUCAUGCCCAUGGGAUGCGCUGCCUGGGCAUUCCCAACACGGCUCACUUCGCAAACGUCACGCAGAUUGAAGAUGCCGUUUCAUUGUGGGCAAAGCUGAAGCAGCAAAAGGCUUCGGAGCGGUGGCAGCCAGACACAGAAGAGGAAUAUGAGGAUUCCAGCGGAAACGUGGUCAACAAAAAGACCUACGAAGACCUGAAACGCCAAGGCCUGCUGUGAGGGGAAGAGGUGCUGCCACGAUGCGCCAGGGUGCCAUUGUUCCCCUCCCCGCUUCUCUCCCCCGCCCCCUGUGCCUGCACUUUUCUCUUCCGGGUGAGCAGGCACUUCAAGGACUUGCGUAGCCAGCAGAGUGGAUUCUGCAAAAAGCUUUCUUUGUAUGGAAUGGAAACAUGAAAAUAAACCCUAGUUUUAGAGGCAA